UAAUAAACGGUGGUGGCCGUCGCGGAGACGAAGAAAAAAAAGGAGAAGCAGAACAAAGGCAGAGAAAGCAUUAGGUUUUUUUUUUGAGUUUGGGAAUGGGGAAGAACGAGAAAACGGGGCUAGGUAGGUCCCUGGUGAAGCAACACAACCAGAUGAUACAGCAGACCAAGGAAAAAGGUCGCUUCUACAGGAAGAAGGUUCUCGAAUCAUUCACCGAGGUCUCCGACAUUGACGCCAUCAUCGAGCAGGCACACGAGCCACCUCCUCCUACCCUACUCAUCAAGCCCAUCGAUGAAGCCCAAGCCCAAGCCCAUGACUUGACGCCUGAGGAAAUUAGGAAGCAACAGAAGAUAGAGGAGGCACUGCAUGCUACCAGUCUCCGAGUUCCUCGCAGGCCAACAUGGAAUUCUCAUAUGUCGGUGGAGGAGCUUCAUGCUAAUGAAACACAAGCUUUCUUGGUUUGGCGUCGUAGCCUAGCAAGGCUUGAGGAGAAUAAGAAGCUUGUCCUUACUCCAUUUGAGAAAAAUCUUGAUAUCUGGAGACAGCUCUGGCGGGUUGUUGAGCGUAGUGAUUUGCUUGUUAUGGUCGUUGAUUCGCGAGAUCCACUGUUCUAUCGCUGUCCUGACCUUGAGGCUUAUGCAAGAGAGGUUGAUGAGCAUAAACGCACAUUGCUUUUGGUUAAUAAAGCAGAUCUUUUACCUGCUUCUAUCAGAGAGAAAUGGGCAGAAUAUUUUCGUGCUCAUGAUAUCCUCUUCAUCUUCUGGUCAGCUAAAGCUGCAUCUGCAGCUCUGGAAGGCAAAAAGCUUGGUUCAUCAUGGGAGCCUGAUAACUUGGGGAGAACUAAUAACCCAGACACGAAGAUAUAUGGAAGGGAUGAGCUUUUGGCCCGCUUGCAAUCAGAGGCAGAAGAGAUAGUAGACAGAAGGAAAAAUUCAGGCUCCUCUGACACAGGACCUUCUACCACUAAAUCCCCUGGUGAAAAUGCUUCUGGUAGCUCAUCAUCAAGUAAUGUAAUUGUGGGAUUUGUUGGAUAUCCUAAUGUGGGGAAGAGUUCAACUAUCAAUGCUCUGGUUGGUCAAAAACGGACUGGUGUCACCUCUACUCCGGGUAAAACAAAGCACUUUCAGACAUUAAUUAUUUCUGACGAACUGACCCUUUGUGACUGUCCUGGAUUAGUUUUUCCAUCUUUCUCAAGCUCAAGAUAUGAGAUGAUUGCUUGUGGGGUGUUGCCUAUUGAUAGGAUGACUGAACACAGGGAGUCUGUCCAAGUUGUAGCUGAUAGAGUACCAAGACAAGUCAUCGAGGCAGUUUAUAAGAUCAAUCUUCCUAAACCUAAGCCAUAUGAGUCCCAAUCACGCCCUCCUCUAGCAUCUGAACUUUUGAGAGCAUAUUGUGCUUCUCGUGGGUAUGUUGCCUCUAGUGGACUGCCUGAUGAAACUAGGGCUUCCCGUCAGAUACUGAAAGAUUAUAUUGAUGGGAAGCUGCCUCACUAUGAAAUGCCCCCUGGUAUGUCAAAUGAGGAACUAGCUUUGGAAGAUCCCACCGGACAUGACUCAGUUAACUUGAAUGUGUCAGAUGCAUCUGGUACUGAAGAUUCUUCAGAUGUUGAGAGUGAACUUGCACCAAAUCUUGAACAUGUAUUGGAUGAUCUCAAUUCAUUUGACAUGGCUAAUGGACUAGUUUCAAAGAAAGUUACUAUUAAGAAGCCUAAAGCAUCUGAUAAGCAUCAUAAGAAGCCCCAGAGGAAAAAAGAUCGUUCUUGGAGAGCAGGGAAUGAUGAUACUGAUGGAAUGCCGGUUGCAAGAUUCUUUCAGAAACCAGUAAAUACAGGUCUGGUGAAGGACUGAUAAGGUCAUGCCCCCUGGUUUUUGUACAACACCCUAUCUGUUACACCCAUAUGAACAUUGAUAAUCUGAGAUGAAGCAUAAGCUAUAAAUGAUGUUUGAAAGGCAUUGCGGAAAUAGAUGAUGUAGGCAAUUUCACUGAAGCUCGCCACAUAACAGGAAAAAAAAAAAAAAGUGUGGGAAAAUAUUAUGUAUUCGUAGUAGUGAGUUAUUGUUCUUAUUAAUGGGAUGAAAGGGUUGUCAUGGGAUUGAAGAAUAAAAUGCUUGGAUUAGUCAGAAAGAGUCAAGUGCAAUCGUGUGUUUUCACUAUACUUGUGUGU